AUGGCUUCCGAAAUCGCAUCCCGCAUCAAGGCGCGACUCGCAUGGCGGCGACGCUCGACAGCCGAGUCGAUGGCCACCUCCAAAAUUGGCACCGAAAGCCUGUCAAUGCUCCAGACUGAGCAAGGUCCUGAGGUCUCGUCGCUGGCCAGUCAAACGACGAGCAAUUCCAAGGCUGAUGGAGGGGGAAGCAGCGCAUGUCUGGUGACUCUGGUCGCUGUCGAUGGCGUUGAUGAAUACCGUUGUGAUGCAGGCCAAGGUGCGGAAGCGAGACCCGUCGCCUCAGGGCCCUCAGGGCCGCUGCUGGUUUACGGUGGUGCUGCUGGAGCCGACGCUGAAGCUACGGCAGAAGCUGUCAGGCCUGCCAACGGCCACCCCCAUUCCGAGAGGCGCGCUGCAGCCUCCCUAGCCCGAAACGCCAGCCUAGACCUGGUUGAGCUUCCAGCCGCAACGGCAACCUCAACUUUGGCUUCAAUUCCUCCUCCUCCUCUUCCUCCUCCGCCUCUUCCUCCUCCUCCGCCUCUUCCUCAUCCGCCUCUUUCUCCUCCGCCUCUUCUUCGUCCGCCUCUUCUUCGUCCGCCUCUUCUUCGUCCGCCUCUUCUUCGUCCGCCUCUUCUACGUCCGCCUCUUCUUCGUCCACCUCUUCUUCGUCCGCCUCUUCUUCCACCUUCUCCUCCUCCUCCUCCUCCACCACAAACUCCUCCCUGCCUUCUUCCUCCACCUCGCCCACCAUCGCCAGCGUCGUGCUCCAUUCCCUCCACCGCCGCCCUCGAGCGACCCCACGGGCGGCCGACCUGCUCCCGCGUCACGGCCCAGCUGCGCAGCCUUGACGAGCUCCCGAAUUCUUCGACGUCGAGAUCGAGCUCCAUCGAGCCAGCCGCUCAGCCACACCAUGGCCACGACGACGACGAGCUGCUGAGAACCGCACCCCCCUCCGCCGCUGCACCGACAACGGCAGCUGCCGUCGCGUCUGGCGUGGCAAAGGCCGACCGAAUCUCAACCCUCCCGCACCCUCACCAGGGCCCCCAUCUCCCGCUCUACGGCCGCUACCUCGAUCGAAACGAGGCAGCAGGUGCGAGUGCGGGUGGCUCACCGCAGACGAGCCGCGGCCUCUCUGUCGACAUCAACAUGGUGACGCGAAAGGUUUGGGUCAGGCGACCCCAUGCCUCGGCCACGACCAUCACGAUUCACGAGGAGGACCUGGUCGACGACGUCCGUGACAUGAUCCUCCGCAAAUACGCAAACUCGCUCGGCCGCAUAUUCGACUCGCCCGAUCUCACCAUCCGUCUCCACCCUCGGGAUCAGGAAAGGGAGAGGACGCUGGGACCGGAGGAGCUGAUGGCCCGCACGCUCGAUCGAUACUACCCCGGCGGCCAAACCGUCGACGAGGCGCUCGUCAUCGACAUUCCACGCCGCACCCCCAAGGCUUCGCCUCGGCCUUCCCUCCACCCGGGGGCGACGACCUACUACGUGACGGACGAAGGGCGUCCGUCCGAGGCCGGCGAAGGAUACUUCCCACCCGUCAUGGCCGUGCCGUCGCCCCAUACCCAGCAAGCACCCAGCGCGCAAACCAACGGCACCGUCGGCCACUCCAUCGCCGUCCUCGGCACCGGCCACAUACCUCUCAUCCCCUCGCCCGGCGGCACGAGGCCUCGGCCGCACAGGGACCGAUCCGAUCGGCCGAGGUUGGUUCGGCAGCAGCACCCGGCGUCGCCGACGAUGACGGCGGAGAAGCCGGUGGCAUCCGCCGCCCCCGGCCACGGUAUGAACAUGCACUUCACGCCGCGGCUGCCCCAUGCUCGGACUCACUCGAGCGCUUCAGAACACCAGACGUUGCCGACGGUCAAGACGCCGCUGCCGACCUCGCCCGGGCCGGCGCCGGAACCGAUACCGGCCAGGGUCGCGACGCCACCGCCCCGGCCUUCCUCUCCGCGCUCAUCCAGCACGAGGAUGAAGAAGACGAAAAAGGCCGCGGACUACUCGACGCAGGCGACGGCCAACACGGUGCUCAACGGCACGGUGCCGCCCAUCAACGUGCUCAUCGUCGAAGAUAACCCCAUCAACCUUAAGCUGCUCGAGGCCUUUGUGAAGCGACUCAAGGUGCGCUGGCAGACGGCCAUGAACGGUCGCGACGCCGUCAAGAAGUGGAGGAGCGGCGGCUUCCACCUCGUCCUCAUGGACAUUCAGCUCCCCGUCAUGAACGGCCUCGACGCCACGCGCGAGAUCCGCCGACUCGAGAGGGUCAACUCCAUCGGCGUCUUCUCCCAGUCGCCGGGGAGCGUGCAGGAGGAGCCGCGAGGUCCGACGGAGCUCAAGGAGCAGGACCGGCUCGACAACAUUCCGCUCUUCAAGAGCCCCGUCAUCAUCGUCGCCUUGACGGCCAGCUCGCUGCAGAGCGACCGACACGAGGCCCUGGCCGCCGGGUGCAACGACUUCCUGACCAAGCCCGUCAACUUUGUCUGGCUCGAGCGCAAGGUGAUGGAAUGGGGCUGCAUGCAGGCGCUCAUCGACUUUGACGGCUGGCGCCAGUGGAAGGAUUUUUCCCAGGAAGAGGCCAAGGAGCGUGCCAAGGUGCUCGAGAGGGCGAAAGCAAAGGCCAAGAAGAAUCGCGCUUCUCUGUCGGCUUCAAAAUGA